AUGGCGGCGGGUCGACGACGAGAGGUGGGACGGCGGCUGCGGCGGCGGUUCCUGGUAUUUUCUUCUUUCCUUUCUUCUCUACUUCUCGGAGAAAGCCAUGCUGUGGGUCACCGGUGUUGGAGGUGGGGAUGGAGAUGGAGAUGGAAAGGUGUUCAUGAAGCUGUGGAGAAAAGUUCUCUCUUUGACUUUAUCGACAAUACCUUCUUGGAUUUCGUAGCCUUUUCCCAGUAUCCUUCACAAGUAUUUUGAAGGAGUAGUAACUUGUCUUGGUCAAUGCAACGUGCUGUUUUACCGACGACUACUGCAAUCGGCGACAGAGUCAGCCACCUCACGGCACGCGGCCAGAGAUAUGAACAAAUCGUUUGCUGACUUUGAGGGUCGGCCCAGCUCUGCCGGACGCUGUGGUCAGUGCUGUCUGGCGGUGCGCUGGAGCCAAACAGUAGGAGGCAAUCAUUUGGGGAGUCCAUUCCGGCAAGCAAGGGGAGGAAGCCAACAUUUGCCGGUGAAUCAGAGCGGGUGCUAGAAGCUAAUAUAGUUUUGACAGCGACGGUCACUGUAAGUAGUGAUUAUCUCCAUAGAAGCGACUCCGCAUAGCACAGCUCCUGCCCUGCCGGUCUCAUGGAUCGAGCGGACGAUGGCAGCAGGUCAACGGCAAGCGGUGGGACGGCGGUUCCUGGUAUUUUCUUCUCUCCAUUCUUCUCCUCUUCGUCUACCCUUUAUCCGCACAGUCUGAAGUUCGUCAUCUUAGCCUCAACUGGCCUACUCCAAGAGGCACCAUUGGAUGAAGUUACACAUUUCUCACACUAGCACUGAUAGACUGUAAGAACCAUGCUACGAGGUUCUUAUAUUUUAGGUCCCUGAUUGUUAUGCUUGAGGUUACAUCAAUAGAGUUCUCUACUACCAAGCUUGUAAUCAUCAAGGCUAGAGGCUUCAAUCUGAUCAGAUGAAGUCAUUCCCACGUAUGGGUAUUGGUGUUUAUCUAGACCAUUGCAACGUACAUGAUCAGAGCAGAUAGCAUUCAUGAUUCUGGCUCCAUGAUAAUGUGAUGCCAGAUGAAAGUUGAAAAAAUUCUUGUGAAACCCUUAGAUUUUUGUAUUAUAAGUUCCACUUGAUCCCUUGGUUGAUGUGCUAUAUAAGGGUGUUUGGCAUGGUAGUGUGUUUGCACAGUUUUAUAUUGUCUGAAAUCAACAGCGAGUGGAUGGUCUGAGGUGAACAUGUCUGUGGUGUUCUUUAUGGUUUGAGAAAAUGGUGCACUGCUUCUUUUAUUUGAAAGAUUUUUUUUUCUUUUAUUUGUGAAAAUUGAGGUUUUAUUUUUGGAUACCAUAGUGCUCCUUUCAUUAACACCUACCUUUAUUUUCUUUUCCUUAGCAGGUGCAGCUGAAAGCAAUAGUAUUGCUCAGAAGUUUGGGUUUAAAAAGAUAUCAGAGGAAGUCAUAGAUGAAUGCAAGUCAACUGCAGUUCUAUAUGAACACUUGAAAAUAGGUGCUGAAAUUAUGUCAUUAACAAAUGACAAUGAAAACAAGGUUUUUGGCAUUGUUUUCCAGACUCCGCCGUAAGGAUUAGAUUGCUGAUUUUCUUUUUUUCUUCUCCCCUUCCCCUCUUUUAUGUAAUAUUUUGUCAUGUACAUUAAUGUCUGCUAUGGUCUAAGUUUAGGUUCUACCUCAUUUUUUUUCUAUGAUCAAUGUGCCUACAAAGUACAUGGAUUCCUAUUUUGAUUGAGCGGAAGUGCAUCAUCAUUUCAGAUGAAUAUACAUUAUCUGUGUCCUUAUGUUCUUUGUUCUCCUACGGCAUUUAGUAGAUGUUCUUGAUAGAGUUAUCAAAAUUAAUCUCUAAAGUGCCCUGCACUUGAAAAUAAACUGUGAGACAAUCAGCAGCAGUCAUGAUCUUGCCUUCUGUGAUGUAUCUUCAGUUAGGUCUGUGGAGGACAUGAUGUUGAUGUUGAUAGUUACACCUUGUUUGAUAUCAGAGAUUGAUGUUCAUUCUCAUAUUUAAUUUGACAUCUAGGACCAUAAAAAAGUUAGAUUAGUGAAGAUUCAUCAAACAAUGAAAACAUUAAAAAAUACAUACAUGAUAGAACCAUUGAUUACUGAUACUACAUUGUUCUUUACUUUUGCCUAACCUUGAAUCUGAGGGUUAUUGAAUGGUUAUUAACAUGGAGUUUUUUUUAAUAUUAGCUCUGGCUAACAAGAAUGCUCUAAUUAUUUUUGUUAGAAUCAAAAGUGAGUAUAAGUGGAGGGAACACUACGAAAGGUAAGUUGUUUCUGCCAACUAUAUAGAGAGAAAUAACAUUCAGCACAAAGACUAAAAAAUUGAAAAGAGUACUGUAAAUAAAUUAUCUUGAUAAAUAUGAAAUCAUUAACUUGAGAUAGAACCGUUCUAUUGUAAUACUUGGGUUUCUAGUUAGCACUCAUCUCUAUCAAUUUAUGGAUAUGAAUUUUAUUACAUUAAAAUCUAUUUUUUUCUAUUACAGAUUACUUGUGUUUCCCCUGAAAUGGAGAGGCUAAUUGAGAAUGAGGGUUGGAAGUCUACCUCUCUACCAAUCCAGCUGUUCUCGUUCAAUGUGGAAGAAAGAUUAUUUUCAGUGACAUACAUUUGUGGAGGUCGAAAUGGGAAAGAGGAGGCCUUCUUAUGCUCCAUCACUUACAGUCACUGUAAAUGUAAGCACUGGGCAAUAGGUAGUGAUGGGUGAGUUUUUUCUAGGGAUAGGACUAGAACUUGUUAUCUAUGCUUAAUAGAAGCCUUUGGAUCAUUAGUCAUCUAAGUACAUGUUCUCAUGAGCUCUACAGAAGCCACUCCAAAAAGUAUUGAUCCAAAAAGUCUAGCCCUUUUUGAAGAGAAUGCCACCUGAAGAAUGCAGGCCUUUGGACUAUUGUGAAUGUUUGGAGCUGUCAGAUACUCAGAGGACAGCCUUGUUCAGUAGAAAGAGUUCUCUAUUUCCAUUGAAAAAUACGGAGAGAGUUGGAGAUGGCCCUUCGUUGAGUGGAAAGGAAAACCUCUAGGAUCUUGGGACUAUUGGAUGACUAGCUUAGCAGAGCAUUUCGUGUUAUAGACUACAUAGAUGUUGUACUAGGCUGUUUUGUGAGCAUCCUGAAAAUUAAAAAAAUUACAUCUUUCUCGCAAGAAAUUUCACAGAAAAGGUAUUUUCAUGGAAAAAGAGCAUUUCUUCAUUGAUGACCAAUGAUGAGGCUAUUUGUCUGCACUUAUUUUUGAUGUGUAGUAUUGACAUUUCGAUUACUGCAUUACCAGGUAUAUAUGUUUUCUCAUUCUCUUGAUGUGUAAUGAACUUCUAAUAUCUGAAAGUUAGACUUGUGAACUUUUGUUUGUGACCAGAUAUGUAACAUGUUAACUUUUCCAUUGCUACUGUAAUCGUGUGUUGAAAGUAUCUUGAUUCCCUACACGAAUCAGAUUAGUAGGAUGCAGCAUUAACUUUGUAUAUCAUGCUUAAUCUAGGAAGGACUCUACUGGGAUACCUCACAUUCUGGAACAUAGUGUAUUGUGUGGUUCAAAGAAGUACCCUUUGAAAGAGCCUUUUGUUGAGUUAUUGAAAAGCAGCUUGCAUACUUUUUUGAAUGCAUUCACCUAUCCUGACAGAACUUGCUUUCUAGUUGCUUCUACAAAUUUGAAGGUGAAUAUGGAUGCUGGUAUUGUGCUUAUCAAUAUUUUUCUCUAAUUCUGUUACAGUUGUGUGGUUCGACUUUUUCUGUACUUUCACUUAGAUUCAAAAAUUUUCUCCAGAAUUUCUACAAUUUAGUUGAUGUGUACCUUGAUGCUGUCUUCUUUCCUAAAUGUGUGGAGGACUUUCAAACAUUUCAACAAGAGGGAUGGCAUUAUGAGCUUAAUGAUCCCUCUGAGGAGAUAUCCUUUAAAGGUAGCAUAUAAUUGUUACUGCACAGUAUAGUCCCCCCUUCUAUCAUAUUGAAGGUUGUCCUGUGAAUGAACAUGCUCAAUACCCGAGUGAUGAUUCUACUCUAUAUUUACAUUUUAUAAAGUUUAUUACUUCAAAUUUCAGGUGUGGUUUUAAAUGAAAUGAAAGGGGUUUAUUUAGAACCUGAUAAUAUACUUGGUAGAGUGUGUCAGCAAGCAAGCUCCCUUGAAACCAUUUGUGAAAUCGACAUUAAGACUGCUUUCAUGGAUUUGGUUGAAUAGAAACUGAUAAGUCUUCAUUAUCAUGAGUUAAUAAUUAGUAAAUAAUAUAGUUUUAGCCUUAACUCAUGAUAAAUAGACUUAUAUUUGUGUUAAAGAAUGAUUUUUGGUUUUCAAUUGAUUAACGUGAAUUUUUGGGUAAUUAUGUGAUUUUAUACGAUUUUUAUAGUCUUACUUUUGACAUAAAUGAAGAACAAGAAAUAAAAAUAAAAAUAUUGUAAAAAUGAGGGGACCCACCGGCCAGCCGUGCCCGCAAGCGGGUCGGAAGCACAGUCGGGGAGUAAGCCGCGAGCAAGGGCUCGAGCGGCUUGGCUUUGAGACCGACAGGCACGCGUACGCCACUCCCCUUCCACGUCACCGGUGGCCAGCCGGCUGUGGCACAAGGAGUGGUCGAACACGCGAGAGAAGGGACUUUGCUCACAAAGCUAACAUUAGUAUAUAUUCGCAUUAAAACUCGGCGUACAACUGAUGUGGGACUAAACCCACACCUUCCUCAGAAGAGGCAGGGGCGACCGGCACGGGUUCGAAUCCUCCCAGAGUCAAAAUUCAUAUAUUUUUAUCUGAUUAUCGUGACUUUCCUGCAGAUCGUCGGUGAAGGAUUAAGCAACGAGAAUCACUGGAUCAUUGGCGAAAAUCUCGUCAAUGCGAUUUGCGGAGCAUUGCUACUAAAAUUGCUGAACGAUUCGCGAUAAAAGGAUCGCGAAUCCAUCGAGUAAAUCAUCUCCGAUUGAUCGACGAACAAGCCGUCGUCGGGAAGAGGACGAUCCGCCGGGAGACCAGUCGCCACCUCCUGAGAGCGUACCAGAUGCGAUGAAGAGCCUCCUCUUGCUGCGCGGACCUGAGGAUGAAGCUCCCUAACAUGCGCCCCACCUCCAUCCAGCUCCUCUCCGUCGGGUGAUAGUCGUCGGAGAGCCGCAAAGUCGCCAUUUUUCUGCUCCGCCGGGUGACAGCCGCCGGAGACGAUUCGACAACCCACUUCAUUGAUCUCUAGACUUCGCGAGAAGAUCUAGAGAUUGCCCACGUCGUCUUUGUCCAAGGAGAGCCUUCGAGGCCGUGGACACUGCACGACGAUCCUCCCGAACACUCAGGAUUCCAGUGCAUUGCCGACGCAUCGCCGUCACGACGCCGGAACUCUAUUUUCCUACUUUUAAUUUAAUUUACGCUUCAUUUAGUGAUACUUUGUUGAUUUUAAUUUACCAAACUAUACUUCGUUCAAUUACGAUUCUUCCGUCUUUUACAUAUCUUAAUUUGAUUAAUUGAGUCGUCUGUAAUCGCCUACGUAAGAAUUGCCGGGCGGAACUCUAUUUCCGCCUGAUUCGCGUUCGCCGGGCGCUGACGUCAUCCUGACAUCUGCACCCUUAUUUCCUUUUUUUUGUGAAUUUUAAAUAUAUUUCCUUUUUAUUUCCUAGUAUAAAGUUCGUAAGAAAAUCAUACUCAUUGAGAAAAAUUCUGAAUAAUUACCAGAUAUUAUAUUACAUCCCUGUGAUCAACCUGGAAAAUUACCGCUAUUUUUUGAAUUUUUAUUGAAUUAUAAUUGAUAUAUUUAUUUAGAAAUACUUCUAAAUAUCCAAAAAUUUGUAUUUUCUAGUUUUAUAAAUUUUAUAUUUGCGUGAUUUAAUAUACAACGACUGAGUCAUGUCAGUAAUAAAUAGUUUGUUACCUUUGUAGAUGAUUGCACCUAUUGCAUGUGAGUCUUUCUUCUUAAGCAGAAAUCACAAGUUUCAAUUGUAUUGAAACGUUUUUGUGCAGUUAUUAAAACCCAAUUUGAUAAUCCUAUAAUGAAAUUCAGGUUAAAUAAUUCUAAGGAAUACUUUAGCAAUGAUCUGAAUUCUUUUCUUCAAGCUAAGGGUAUCAUACUUGAGUCUUCAUGUGUCUACACUCCUCAGCAAUACGGAUUGGCAGAAAGAAAAAAUUGACACCUCUUGGAGAUUGCACGUUCACUCUUGUUUCAAGCGAGUGCACCCAAAAUUUUUUGGGGUGAACCUCUCUUAACAAAAACUCAUCUAAUAAAUCAUCUUCCCACUAGAACCUUAGAUUUCUUAAGUCCUAUGGAGAAGUUAGCUUCUUAUUUCCCUCUUAAUCAUCUCCAUAUCUCAUUAGAGCCUCGCAUAUUCAGAUGUGUUUCAUUCAUUCAUAAUCAUAAUCCAACUAAAGAUAAAUUAGAUCUAAGAUCCUUCAAAUAUAUGUUUUUUAAAUAUUUAACAACUUAAAAAGGGUAUUGCUGUUGUCAUCCACCAACUCAAAAAUUCCUUACAACGAUGGAUGUUACCUUUCAUGAAUCUAUAUUUUAUUUCUAGAAAACCUCUCAAGACACAUAUUUGCCAUUUCUGCCUUUACUUGAUUUUUCUCCAGAAAGAGUUUCUUCUCCUCUAGGUCAAAUUAUUCUACAAAUUCAUGUGCCUGACCAAAGUCCAUCUCUUCCUGAUCCACUUCCUAAAAAAAUCAGAUUUGGUCAGUUUGUUCCAGGACCUCAAAUUCUGGAUCAGCCCAAGACUCCAAACUAGCCUUAACCAAUGACUAAGAAACCACAUUUAUCAUUGCAGGAAAUUCUAUGUCCCCAAUCCAAUGACCUUCCUAUUGCCCUCAGAAAAUCUUCACAAGCUUGUACAAAAUACCUAUUUUAACCUUCAGUGAACUUUAUUUCUUAUCAUAAAGUUUCUUCAUUUUAUAAAACCUUCCUUGCUACCUUCGAUAAUAUUACCAUUUCAGUUAAUAUUUUAGAAGCUCUCUCUAAGAAAGAGUAAAAAUAAGUCAUGGAUGAUGAGAUGCAUGUUCUUGAAAGAAACAAUACAUGGGAGCUUGUACCUCGCCUUAAGGAUAAAUGGGCAGUUGACUGUAAAUGAAUUUAUUCUAUAAAAUACAAUCCUAAUAGAUCAGUUGAAAGGUACAAGGCCAUACUCGUACCUAAAGGAUAUACACAAGUUUAUAGAAUUGAAUACCAUGAAAUUUUUUCUCUUGUGACAAAAAUGAACAUAGUCAAAAUUAUUUUGCCAUUGACUGCUAUUUUUAGUUGGAAUAUCCAGCAAUAUAAUGUGAAAAAUGUCUUUCUUCAUGGAGACCUUAUUAAUGGAGUAUAUAUGUAUUAUCCACCUAGUUAUGGAGGAAAUUUAUCUUCUAACAUUAUUUGCAGACUAAGAAAGUCUUUUUAUAGACUGAAACAAUCUCCAUGCACAUGGUUUGGGAGAUUUUCUACUAUCAUACAAAAAUUUGAUUUUCUUCACACACAUUAUUUUUCAAACAUACUUCAUCAGGGGGAGUUUCUAUACUCCUAGUGUAUGUUGACGACAUUAUAAUUACUGAAAGUAAUGACAUUGAACAAGGAAAUUUGAGCAAGUAUCUUGUCAACAAAUUUGAUAUCAAAACUUUGGAUUAUUUUAAAUAUUUUCUAGGCAUUGAGGUGGCUCAUUCUUCUAAGGGCAUAUUCAUCUCUCAACGAAAGUAUGUGGCAGAUCUUCUAAAAGAUACUGAAAAAUCUGCCUGCAAACCAGCUAUCACCCCCCUUAAUCCUAACCACAAACUUAGUGUUCGUGAAGGGGAGUAUAUUGAUUGCAAAAUGUAUCAACAACUUAUUGGACGAUUGCUAUAUCUCACACACACUAGGCAUGAGAUCUCUUAUGUACUUGGUCUCUUAAGUUAGUUCAUGCAUAAGUCAACUAAAUCUCAUCUUCAUGUUGUAUAUCAGGUGUUACACUACUUAAAGGGAACCCCUAGAAAAGGCAUUCUCUUCAAAUGUGGUGGUAACCUAACAAUUGAGGUGUAUAUUGAUGCAAACUAUGUUAGUUCUCCUUUAAAUUGUCGGUCACCUUCAGGUCUUAUGAUGUUUCUAAGAAGAAAUUUGAUUACUUGAAAUAGUAAAAAAACAGAAUGUUGUUGCUCGCUCUAGUGCAGAAUCAACAUUCAGGGCAUUUGAACAUAGAAUAUGUGAACUACUUUGGGUGAAGAUUUUACUCAUUAACCUAAAAGAUUCUUAUUUCUUGUCCUAUGAAGUUCUAUUGUGACAAUAAAUCUACAAUUAAUCUUGUGCAUAAUCCCAUUCAGCAUGAUCACACAAAGCAAGUGGAGAUAGACCAUCACAUUACCAAAGAAAACUUGGAGUCUAAAGAAAUAUGUAUUCCCUACAUCUCUGCUCAACAUCAACUACUUGAUUUGCUAACAAAAGGUGUCUCUAAGACUCAACUAGAACAAAUGCUUUCCAAUCCGGGAAUAGAUGAUAUCCACUCACCAGCUUAAGGGGAGUGUUGAAAUAUAGUGUAAAUACUGCGUUAGCAGUUGGGUGAGGUGUAUCACAUGCUUCACUUAAAGAAGCACAUGAACAUCACUUGUGUGUCUGGGAAUGUGAGGUUCUAUGUCUAGAACCUUCUCUCAUUGAUCUAUUAUAAAUAAUAGACCCUUGUCUCAAUGUAAACUAAUCUUGAAGUUAUUUCUUUUUUCCCUCAUAUGUUGUGAACAGAAGUUCCUUUUUCCCUUCCACAAGGUCUAACAUUCUUCAAAAAUGUUCUUCUGUCUGCCAAGCUUGGGUUGGGCGGUCAGUUAUGCACAAAUAUCUUCUUCACCAUCCGUGAUCUAUAACCAUGCCUUGGAUGCUGACUCAUGGACCACGUUGAUGACAUUGCACUUGGUUUAUUUAGUCACAGCAUUGCUUGUAUGUCUUAGGAAGAAUCCACAAUUUCUCAGCAGCAAUUACAUCACAAAAACAUGGGUAGGCGUUUCCAAGGGGAGGAUGCUUAUUUUGCAUGAUCUUAUAUUACUUUGCAAAAUUGGUUUCCUAAAUCAAGAUUCGUACCCUGUCCUGGGUCAUUUCAUUUUUAAUUCACUUCCAAGACAUUUGAGAGCACGAAGCUUAAUCAAUCUCUCAACUCUCUUAAUCUUGCUUCUAUUUUUUCUCUUCUCAUCAGGUGAUGUUUGUUUGAGCUUGCUGAAUUAGCAUAUCUGUACAACAUUGUUGUUUGAUUGUUUGGGAACUAGAAAUGUUCACAAUCAGAGCUACUCAUGACAACUAGAAGAAAUUUGGUUUCAAGAGUUUAUUGCUCACUCCGUCGAAAUGUAGCUGAAUGUUUGCUGAUAUAUGUGAUUUUACUCCCGCUAAUCAAUACUUUAUAGUUGCAACUUGAAAAUGACUUCUGAUUGAGGAGUUUAAAUGGUUCCACGGGUUUAUGUAUCUUACUAACUAGAUCUGACCUGAAGCAAAUUUCCAGAUGCCUAAAUUAUGAUGUCCAAGUUGAAUUCUAAGGUUACUCACUCUCAAAAACUUUUGCUGUCGUAUAGGACUCAUAAAUAUUACCACCCAAGCAAUGCAAAGAUAUGGUUCUAUGGAGAUGAUGAUUCGAAUGAAUGUUUUCGCAUUUUGAGUGGUAUGUCCUAUCGGUUUGUUGAUUCAUAUAAUCGAAUGCUUUCCUUUGAUUCAUACAAUCUCUCAUAUUCUAGGUUGUCUUUAUACGAACUGGAGGAACUGAUCUUGGCUUUGUUUAACGUCAGUUCUCUGUGAUGGUUAACACACAAAUUGAUAAACAUAUAGAAUCACUUUUUAUUGAUGGCACUCUGUGUACCACUCCACUGAAUUUGAUAAAGCCGAAGAGAGAUUUUAUUGAGUCCUAUAGGAACAUCCUUAAAUCUAGAAGAUGAAAGUUAUGCUAGUGGGCACAAAAUUAGUUAUAUGAUGAGCGCAAUUUUUUUCUGUAAAUGGAGCAUGUUUUGAUAACGAGAAAAUAUUGAGUUAUAGGUAUCAAUUCAUUUAUUUUCAUAUUCUGAAAACGAAAAGCAGAUCAAGAGGCCAUGAAGUGUCCUAAAAAACCAGGAUUAACUUGUUGGUGUGUUCUCCAUGUACUAUCAUCCUGAUGUUUUGUGUCUACAAUAUUCUUAUAUUGCAAGGGAAUAUUCUAAUGCUUAGAUGAGCAUUUAUUGGAUGAUAAUAAAUAAAUUUAAUCCAUGCCAGAAUUGUGGCAGUAGAAUACUUAGUAAUGGGAGUUAUCUCACUAGCAUUUAUUGAUUGAUGUACAGAUUUUUGGCAGCUAAUGACGGCCUUGAUAUUUUUUCUAUCUUAUGCAGCCUAUCUUGAUCAGUAUGAUAAGAGCCCUGUUUCUAAUGAGUCGAGAAUUGAACCUCAAAAGCUCUUUUUAACGCCAGUAAGGGUAAUAGUGAAAUAUCCUGUUAGUGAUGGUGAUGACAAUAAAAAAAACACAUGGUCUACCUGAGUUGGGUGCUAUCUACUAAGACAUUAGAUUUGGAAACUGAACUCGCACUCUGCUUUCUGGAUCACCUUUUAUUGGGAACACCAGCUUCUCCACUUAGAAGGAUCUUACUUGAAAGUAGACUAAGAGAUGCAAUUGUUGGCAAUGGAGUGGAAGAUGAAUUACUUCAACCUCAGUUCAGCACUAGGUUGAAAGGUGUAUCUGAGGAUGACGUUCAAAAAGUAGAGGAACUAAUCAUGAGCACACUGAAAAAUUUAGCAGCAGAAGGGUUUGGUUCUGAAGCUGUAGAUUUGGAAAAUAAUACAGGGUCAUUCCCCCGAGGCCUAUCUUUGAUGCUUCGUUCCAUUGUAAGAAAUUCUCUUUAGGCAUGAUGUGCAAUAUAAAUCGUAUUCUUCUACUUCAAAUUUCAUCUUGUUAUUUUUUUUUGUAGGCAAAUUGGAUGUAUGACAAGGAUCCUUUUGAACCUUUAAAAUAUGAGAAGCCCUUAUAGUCUUUGAAAGCCUAGAUAGUUGCAGAAGGUUCUAAGGCUGUCUUUUGUCCAUUAAUAGAGAAAUUGAUCCUUAAUAACGCUCAUUGUGUUACAAUUGAAAUGCAGGUAUAUAGACUCAUGAAUAAUUUAAGAAUAAACAUCUCAGUUUGGUUUGUAUGCUUCUUAGAUGUUUUUCUUUCUCAGCCUGAUCCUAAUAAAGAAUCUCAAGAUAAGGCAGUUGAAAGACAAAUCCUUGAAAAGGUGAAAUCAAGUAUGACACAAGAGGAUCUUGUGGAGCUUGUAUGUGGUACUCGAGAGCUGCGUUUGAGGCAGGAAACACCAGACCCACCAGAGGCUUUGAAAUGUGUUCCCAAUCUUUCUCUUGAUGAUAUCCCCAGGAAACUUGUACAAAUUCCGACUGAGCUAAAAUAAAGUUGCUGGUUCCAACCUUAGUGCUUGAAGAUAUGAUUGUAAAUAAAUGUUUGUCCAUCUCUUCUUGAGAAAAUAGGAGAUGAUAAUGCAGAACUUAUUGUCACGAUUUUGGAGUUGAUGUUAUAAAUACUUUUAGUUCCUUUCUCGUGCUUAUGCAUUCCUAUUACCAAGGAUUUGAUUCUGACUAGGGUUAUUAACAUGCUGUCACAUUUUUGGUGACUCCAAAUUGCAGAAGUCAAUGGAGUGAAAGUUUUGCAACAUGAUCUUUUUACAAAUGAUGUUUUAUACUUAGAGGUUGUAUUUGAUUUGUGCCAUUUAAGGCAAGAUCUUCUUCAACUGAUACCAUUAUUUUGGUGAGAAAUGUUUCAGUUAAUGCUACUAUUUUCCGAGAAGAGUUAAACUCCAAGUGUUUUCCAUUUGCAUUGUACUCUCAAAAUAUCAUUCUAUUAAUUUUGAUCUUGUACUCAAAAUAUCAUUGUACUUAAUGCUUGAUGCUUAAUGGUGUUUUCCAGUCAAUCUUUGCUUGAAAUGGGAACAAGAGAUCUUGACUUCGUUCAGCUGAACCAGCUUGUUGGAAGAAAGACUGGGGGCAUAUCAAUUUACCCUUUCACAUCAUCUGUGAGAGAGAAAGCAGAUCCAUGCUUUCAUGUCAUUGUCCAUGGUAAAGCGAUGGGGGAACGGGUGGAGGAUCUAUUUAGCCUAGUAUUAGUUACAAUUAUUAAUAUUGUUCUCUAUUAUUGUCAGGUUUUUUUUAACUUUAUAAAGUACAGGAAUGAAUUUCAUAUCUCUAGUGUGUAAUGACUGUCUAAAUGAUCUUUGUCACAGUUGUUUAUCUUGUAAACACCAAGAUAGGUGUAGGAACCUGGUGUCAUAAUAUGAGGAUAAACGAGUGGUAGUAAGGAAAAGAUUAGUGGAAAACCGCAGAAACCCAAAAAAUCGUUCUAAAUGAUCUUUUAUGAUCUAGAAUCAUUUCUUUUAUGGAAUAAGUCGCUUUGAUUUUUCCUGGUAAACUGAUCAAAUUUAAUGUUGGUCGUAGUUUUCCAGUCAAAUGUUUGUUAUUAUUUUUUGGCUCUUUUUCAGAGUGGUCUCCAAGACCUGUUACAUUUAAGUUAUUCCCUCUUCAAAAGCAUAGAUUAAAUAAGGAUGGCUUGGUAUCUUUUAUUCAGUGUUUUUAGAUGAUUCGAAUCAUUGAUUUGUUAUAGAUCUAUGGAAUAUAGAAUAAUAUAUAGGAUGCGAUUACAUAUUAUUGUUAUAUUUGUCUCUAGUUCAUUGGCCUUUGAAAAUCAUUUGGCUUCUCUAGUAUCAAGGGCGUGCAAGAUUGCACAGAAUAAUGGAAACAAUGUCAAAGAUGGAGAAAAUUUGGUUAAGACAUCUGGGUCAUUGGAAAUUUAUUUCCUCAAGUAGCUCUGGCACUUACCGAACAUGGGAAGAAAACUUUUUGUAAGGGUGGCUAGAGGAAAGACCACAAGGGGGUGCUGAUUGUAGUUGGGGUGUAAUGAGUAUUAGUUAUUUUAAUGCUGGCAGACGAGGUCUAGAUUGUCAAACUGUACCCAUGCCAGGAAAUAGGAGAAUCACAAAAGCUAGGAAAUGUCAAUUUAACUGAACAUUCGUCACCUAAAUAAAUGUCUUCUUUGAGUAGUUACACUAGGUUUAUGUUUCCAGCUAGGUGCCUUGGUUUCAAAACCACACUUUAAUCCUAGGAAGCAUGGAAACUUUCUCCAAGAAAGGUGAUCGUUUAAGAUGUGUGAAGGUUGGACUAGAAUAAGGGAUUUGGAGGCAGGGCUAGAUGGAACUUAGAGACAAGUAUAAACCAGUGCUAAAAGAUGUUUGAUAGCAAAUUAACUGAGCGGUUCCUCAUGGAGAAAGAGCUAGGAAUGAAAUUUUCAUUCAAAAGAUUGUUUUUUUAAUACCAAGUUCAGCCUCUGAAUUAUAGGAGUUACAUGAGGCCUUUAAAGGGCUCUCUUAAAUCUGUCCUCGAGAUGCCAACUGUUCUCAUAAUUAAUUGUUUGAAAUUUUGGCCUUAAAAAUAGUGAAAAUGGUUAGGAUCCACACAGGUCUUUGAUUAACUAUAAAACUCUAGAAACACCUGAAAUAGUCAAACAUAAACUUGGACCCAAUGAGUAGCAAAAUAAAUCCUUCUUAUUUUAUUCACGAACUCCAGCCAUGUGCUUUUUUAUAGUAUAGACCUUGACUGUUGCGUGGUUGACCCCGAUGUCCUCAUCACACUUGCUGUUAAUAAUUUUCUUGUAGCAUUCCUUUAUUGUGAAUUACUUAAUUGAUUUUUCAGAGGUUGCUCAUUAAUUUCUAUUUUCAGGAAAUUUCUCUAUUGUGAGUAGAGAAUGUUUGCCAAUUUUUAGGCAUGUUUGAGGGUAGAACGGUGUUACAGGAUAGGGAAUGAUCUAUGGGGUUUGAAGGUGGCAUUAAUAUUUUGUCAUUGCUGUUGAAUCUAGGCACCUGGUUAUUUUGGAUGCUGGAUUUCUGUGCAUGUUGGUUGGCUAGUUUGGAAACUUUCUGAAGUAGAAAAGUCAAAGUUCAUGAUGUAGAGAGUGCUUGAACUGAAGUUUCCUUUGUUGGGUUCUAUUGGGACUAAAUUCUUUCCUUUAUCAUUACUAAAUUUCUUAUUGCAAGUUAUUGAUGUAAUUAAUGAAAUCUAUAUAAUUACUGUGGAUUUUCUUUCAGUUUCUUUUGUCUUGAGUGAACAAGAGACCUUCUCAUGGAAGGGAGGAAAAACAUAACUUCUAUCAAAUAUGAGGGAAGAAAAUCGUUUUCUAAAUAUUAUACUUCAUGAUAAGAGAUCUAUUUUUUGUAACAGACCUAUGGGGAAGGUUCUAGACACAGAACCUUACACCAAAUACAAUAUGUGAUAUACACAUAUUUCGUUAAGUGAAGCAUGUGAUAUACUCUCCCUCAGCCAAAUACAAUAUUUCAAUACUCCCCCUCAAGUUGGUGAGUGGAUAUCAUCCAUUCCUAGUUUGGACCAUUUGUUGUAGUUGAGUGCUAAAGACACCCAUCAACAGUAAAUCAGUCAAUUGAUGUUGAGUGGAGAUGUAGGAAAUAAAAAUUAUUGUAAACUCAAAUUUUUCCUUAAUAAGAUGACGAUUGAUCUCUAAAUACUUUUUGCGAUCAUGUUGGAUCGGAUUAUACACAAGGUUGGUUGCAUAUUUAUUCUCACAUUAGAGCUUCAUAGAACCUAAAAGAGGAAUCUUUAGGUCAAUGAGUAAAAUCUUCACCCAAAGCAGUUCACAUAUUUGAUGCACAAGUGCUUUGAAUUCUAAUUCUGCACUUGAAUGAGCAACAACAUUUUGUUUCUUGCUGCACCAAGUAACUAAAUUCCUCCUAGAAACAUCAGAAGACUCAAAGUUGAUUGGUGAUCUAAGGUAAAACCAGCAUAGUUGGCAUCUAUAUUUAUCUCAGUUGAUAUGUUACCACCAUAUUUGAAGAAAAUACCUUUUCAAGAGUUACCUUCAAGUAGUGUAGCACCCGAUAAGUGGCAUGAAGAUGAAAUUCAUUUAGUUGACGCAUGAAUUGACUUAGGAGGCUAACUACAUAAGAAAUGUCAACUAUAGUGUGUAUGAGAUAUAUUAACUAUCCAAUGAGAUGUUGAUACAUCUCUUGAUCAAUAAGUUCUCCCCUUUGCCAAAACAAAGUUUGUGGCUAGGAUCAAGAGGAGUGCUGGCUGAUUUACAUGUAAACUUUUCAAUAUCCUUUACUACUAUAUACUUUCAUUGAGAAAUGAAGAUACUCUUAGAAGAAUGGGCCACCUCAAUGCCCAUAAAAUAUUUAAGACGACCCAACGUUUUGAUGUCAAACUCUAUGGCAAGAUAUUUGCUCAAAUUUUCUUGUUCAAUGGCAUCACUUCUUGUAAUUGUGAUAUCAACAACAUAAACCAAAAGUAUAGUAACUCCCCGUAGUGAAAUAUGUUUAAAAAAUAAAGAAUAAUCAGCAUUGCUAGGACAAUAACCAAAUUUCUGUAUGACUGCAAAAAAUCUCCUAAACCAUGCACAUGAGAUUGUUUCAAUCCAUAGAACAACUUCUUGAGUCUGCAAACAAUGUUAGGUGAUAAUUGUCCUUCAUAACUAGGUGGAUGAUACAUAUACACUUCAGCAGUAAGAUUCCCAUGAAGAAAGGCAUUCUUUACAUUAUAUUAUUAGAUAUCCCAACUAAAAUAACUACCAAAGAUAGAAUAAUUUUGAUUAUGUUCAUAUUUGCCAUAUGAGAAAAUGUUUCAUGGUAGUCUAUUCCAUAAACUCGUGCAUAUCCUUUAGCUACAAGUAUGCCUUUGUACCUUUCUAUUGAUCCAUCAGCUUUACAUUUUAUAGAGUAGACUCACUUACAUCCAAUUUUACAAGUUCCCAUAUGUUGUUUUUCUUAAGAUCACCCAUUUCAUCAUUUAUGAUUUGUUCCACUCUUUCUUGGAGAGAGCUUCUGAAACAUUAAUUGGAAUAGUAAUACCAUCCAUGGUAGCAAGGUUCUAUAAAUGAGAGAAAUGCUAUGUUAGGAAAUAAAGUUGGUUGAAGGGUAUAAUAGGUGUUUUGUAUAGUCCUAUGAGGGUUUUUCAAGGGCAAUAGAAAGGUCAUUGAACUGGCCACUCUUAGUAUUUUCUGUAGAAAAAGAUAUGGUUAAGACAAGUUUGGGUUCUUAGGUUGAUCUAGAAUUUGGAGGUAUCAUGUCCUAGAAUAAACUUGACCAAAUCUGAGAUUUUCAAGAAGAGACCAAGUAAAGGUGAACUCUAAUUAAAUAUAUGACUUAGUAGAAUGAUUUUAUCUAGAGGAGGAGAAACUCCAUAUGUAGUGAGAUCACUUAAAGGUGGAAAUGACAGAGACAUUUCUAGAGAAUAUUUUUGGAAAUAAAACUCAGAUUUAUGAAAGGUAAUAUUCAUAGUUGUAAAGAAUUUUCAAGUGAGUGGAUGAUAACAGCAAUAACCCUUUUGAGUUGUUGAAUAUGUAAUGAACACAUUUGAGAGAUCUUAGAUAAAUGAAACAUACCCAAAUAUGUGAGGCUUUAAUGAGGAAUGAAGAUGAUUUUGGGGGAAAACGAAACUAACUUCUCCAUAGGACUUUGGAAAUAUAGGGUUCUAGUGGGAAGAUGAUUUAUCAGAUGUGCUGCUAUUAGGAGAGCUUCACCUCAAAACACUUUGGAUGCAUUCAACAUUCUGUAGGAAAAUAACCUUGUUUUGAUAAGAAUGUGUGCUAAUUCUCCUAACAAGUGUAGAAAAUGGAAUAAACAAUAUGUUGUAAGGUGUUCGUAGACUUGUAGCUGUAGCACCUACUGAGACCUCAAACAAAUGGCAGUUAUGAAACUACUUUUCAAGUAUGGGUUUGUUUUGAUAAAUUUCAAUUAAAAUCUUCCUGCCACAUUUUGAACUCAUAGAAGAAAUGGAGAACAUUAUUUCAUUUAAGCAAUCGAAACAUAGUCGAUACCCUUUCAUGGUGUCUACUCUUGAUAAAUUUACCUUGAGGAAGUUUACCUAAUUAGGCGUUUCUAUAGCAACAAACCUAUGGGAUUAUCUUUUCCAGAUUAACAAGUAAAUUAAAAUACCUGUCAAUCUAUAAAAUGAUGUUUUCAUUCUCAUGAUUUGCAAAAAUAAGAGAUGCCCAUCCUUUAAACAUCAAUAUAAAAUUUCAUUUGGCCAGCCCAAAUGCCCAUGUUGAGACUUUUCAUGUGUCUAACUUUUCGUGUGUAACUCUUUGGACUGUAAAAGAUCCAUCUUUUCUGUUUACUCUAAAAGCUGUGAUGCUCAGGUUAAAAAUCAUUUGUUGAAAAGCUUCACUUCUUAGGACCUUUUCUAUCAUUUGUGGACAAUUGGGUAGGUUUCUGUCUAGGUGGGUCUGGAAACUAUUGUCAAGAUAGACAUCCGGCAGCUGCUAGAUGACAAGAACUAUUAUCUAUCAUAUGUGGUGGAUCCUGCUCACUAAUAUGUGUAGGACUUUCAUGAUCUAGAAAGGGUUAAAUUGCUUGAUGAUUCUUGAAGGCAUCUGGUGCUAGUGAUUUUGGGCCAUUAUUUUCUGACUCUGUUGUUUUACCUCUAUCCUUUUCAAUUUAGUUCAAUUAAAGAUAUGAUUAACUGUGUUGACUUGUUUCGUCAUUUUAUGCUCUUUUGAUUUUGAAUGUAAACCACCACUGUACAGUUUCCAUCUUCUUAAAAUGUCAGUAUUGUUUGGAUCUUGCAGAUCAGAUGUAUCCUACAGGAUGUUCAGUUCACAGACCAACAGCGUUUCGAGCAAUUAGUUUCCCAAAGUAAAGCAGGAAUGGAGGUAAUCUCUAACAUACUUUUGGGUAGUCAGAAGCUUUCUCAACUUCUAUUAUAUCUUACAAGAACUAAUUUUUGGAUUUGUAGAGUUGUCUAAGAGGUAGUGGUGAUGCAAUUGCAGCUACAAGGAUGGAUGCAAAGUUGAAUGCUGCGAGAUGGAUAUCUGAGCAGCUGGGUGAAAUUAGGUUAGCUUAUAUCUUUGCUUGGGUUUUACAAUCAUGUCUAUGCAUGUGUAAUGGUGCUAGUUUCCCUUUGAUUAUAGUUUUGUAACACAAAGAAGAUAUUUUCCUCCACAACAGUUGUUCUGAGACAAAAGCUUGGCAUAUUGGAUGUUGACAUAUGCCGAGAUAUAGGCUGCUGUACUCUCAUGCUGUAGAACUCUCUAUACUUCCUUUUGUUUAUCAAUUUAUUAUUUGUCUACCACUAUUUGUAAAUGUGUCCAUUCGGGUUGAGAAACCUUGAGCUAUGACUUACCCUCUGCAGAGGUAGACUGACUUUAGAAGUAUAAUCCGCAAAGAAUAGUGUAUUCACUGAUAUUUUAAUGAAAUUAAGUGAUUUAUUUUAAAUCAUUUUAUCUUAGAGAUCAUACAUCUGAGAAGAUGAUUAGUUGGUGAAAUGAAAAGCCAUUUUCUUGGCAUGUGGCUAUCAUUUUCUUGGAAAUGAUGCUUAUGAUGUUUCCCCAUGUUUCCCCUCUUAUUUGCCUAGUUAUUUAGAGUUCUUACGAGACCUUGAGAAGAGGGUUGAUAAAGAAUGGCCCGCAAUUUCUUCUUCACUGGAUGCGAUACGUAGUUGUCUUCUCUCGAGGGAAGGUUGCAUAGUCAAUAUGACAGCAGAUGGGAAGAUACUUACAGAGUCAAGCAAAUACCUUGCUGAGUUCAUUGAUGCCAUUCCAAGCGUACCAUCCCCUGGGACUACCACCUGGAGUUCUCUUCUUUCACCCAUGAAGGAAGCCAUCGUUGUUCCCACUUAGGUUCCAUUCAUUUCGAAAUCUCAGCGGUGCCCAUGAUAAAAUUUAUUAGAUAUGAUAUGUUUUUCCUCCUGCACUUUCAGGUUAAUUAUGUUGGAAAAGCUGCCAACAUUUAUGAGGCUGGAUAUCAGCUCCACGGCAAUUCAUAUGUCAUUUCAAAGUACAUUGACAACACCUAGUUGUGGGAUCGUAUCCAAGUUAGUGGGGGUGCAUACAGCACUUAUUCUACUCUUGACACUGACUCUGGUAUGUGAUUGCCAUUUUCCUUUGCAAGCAAAUGAAUUUCUUUUCUACUUUACUCAAUUUAUUAGGUUAUCUUCCCCUCAUUUCCCAUUGUUUUUUUUUUUGUAGGAGUUUUCUCAGAUAUGUCCUCACGUGAUCUAAACUUGUUAAAGACAGUUGAUGUGUACGAUGCAACUGCAAAUUUUCUCCGUGAGCUAGAGCUGGAUGACAAUACUCUCACCAAGGCAAUCAUCAAGGCCAUUGGAGAUGUGGAUCCAUAUCAGCUACCUAAGGCCAAGGGUUAUAGCAGGUGAUAGUUUCUUCUGCACACACUUGAUGGAAGUCUUUAGUUAUCACCUAUCUGGCUUUAAAGUCUCAAGAUUGUUUAAACAAGAGGGGAAAGCAUCUCAUAAGAGGCAAAACACAAAACCCUUUGCACUGCCAGUUAUGAGUUAUCAAGUGAGUAAUAGGCUACAUCAUAUGAUUUAGAUGGACGGAAAACUAUUGGAUGAUAAUCGCCUAGAAACCGAGCUGCUUAAACCAUGUGAUAAAUCGCAUGAACAGCCAAUCUCAUAACUGGAGUCGUCCUCCUAUCUUGAGAAACACAGAACCCUUUGCCACUACUAGUUAUGAGUUCUCAGGUGACAUAGUAGGCUACAUCAUAUGAUUCAGAUAGACGGAAAAGUAAUGGAUGAUAAUCGCCCAGAAACCGAGCUGUUUAAACCAUGUGAUAAAUCACAUGAGCAGCCCAUCUAGGUGUGGUUGUGAUCUUUGGUUUUGUAGGUUGAAAAUCUCAUAUUUCUACACAUGUGGACAGCAAUUGUCAUGGGAAGCAAUGAGUAUUAGUGCCAUUAUCUUCUCAAAUCUUUCUAUUGCAUGCAUCAAAUGCACAGCUUGUCUAAUGAUGAUUACAUUAUGCUUUGAGUUUUCAGUCUUAUGAGGCACUUGCUGGGCAUCACAGAGGAGGAGAGGCAGAUUAGGCAUGAAGAAAUCUUGUCAACUAGGUAAGUUAGGCUCCAACUAGGGAAUGGCAUUGCCUUGGGAACUAGGAUCUCACUAGAUGUCUCACCUUGCAGCAUGAAGCACUUUAGGGAGUUUGCAGAUGCCAUUGAGGUAGUGAAAGAUAAAGGAGUUGUGGUAGCUGUGGCAUCUAUUGAUGAUGUGGCCAAGGCAAAUGAGGAGAAGGGCGGGUUCUUUAAAGUCAAGAAGGUUUUGUGA